CUUCGUUAUCCACGUGUCUUGAAGGGGACACCUUAAAAAUGGUGCAUAUAAAAACAAAACCCAAAACAAAAAAUGCGCUCCCUAAAGGGGUACCAAAAUUGGCCACACACAACACACCACCUACCGAACCCGGUAGUGGUUUGAUAGGCAAAUACCAGCAGGUAGCAGAGCACCAUCACGAGCUUGGUCCGGGGAUCGCUACUGGUGAAGCGUGCCGUAUCACCAUUCGGCGGAAAUUUGGUGUCCAGCGAGACAAUCGCAUACGGCAGAAGGCCAGAAGUAUAAAACUGACCUGGUACCGUACCGAGCAGUACAGUAAGUUGAGCCACUUCAUACCAGGAUAUCAUCUUGGGGCACGCACGGCAAAGCGGUUUGAGCGGACACAUUACAAAAAAAAAAUGUUUAAAUCGCGCGUAUGCAUUUUGGUGGUCGCCAGUGUUUUGGUGGCCAGUGUUAGUGCUUUCCAGGUAAAUAACCUUCCGCUCAAGACCGUUAGCAAAGUGCAUCCGGUACAGCAUCAUGUGCCAGUGCAUCAUCCAUUGCAUCACGAACCCGCAGCCGUUCCGGUCGAUGUUGUGAAACAUACCAGCUCAAGCUUCCGGCCCGCUUCCUUCCUCGAGCUGUUCGAGAUCGUGCUCGACUGCUUCAACACACUGCGCAUUCCGCUGCAGCGGUUCCCAUCCUACAUGUCCGGUAUCUUCCCGGACGAUGCAGAAACCAAGUGCUUCCUGCGCUGCGUAGCCAUCAAGCUCGGCGUGUACUGUGACGAGGCGGGAGCCGAUCUCGAUCGACACUGCGUACAGUUUGGGCUGGGCGAAUGUUGCGAGAACUUCUCCAACCGGCAUCUGGUCUGCCUGCAGCAGAACUCACUACCGUGCCCGGAUCGGUGCACUGCUGCUUACAAGCAGGAGCUGUGCUUCCAGGAACCGAUCACCAAGUAUCUGGACUAUCACUUCCACGAGCUGGUGGGACUGAUGCAUCAGGCCAAGUGCAGCCACGAUCUGAAAAUGUUGCACCCUUAACCGGGGCCGUUCGAGACACAAGGAGUGUAGAAAGAUACGGUUGCAGGGAUCUGGCACCAAGCGUAGGAGCGCCGCUUACACAAAGCGAAUAAAAAUCAAUAGCAAAAAAUUAUCCCUCCAUUAUUCGUUUGUUUUCCCACAAACACGACGGUUCGACGGUUGUGUUCUGUUUUUCACUUAUACGGUAUGAACAACAUUUUCCAUUCGAAUUCAUCCCUUUCCGCGGGU